AUGGCUAUCGCUGCCGGUCUGGUCCUCUUUGCUCGACCGGCCCACCUUCGCACCAACAAGAAGACUGGUCUGGCAUUGGGAUGUCUUUUGACCGCCGCAACUUCAUUCCUCUUCUCUCCCACCACUUGGCCUGGUACUUUCUGCAAUGGUGCCAUCGCUGCCUUGUCUUAUGUUGGGGUCUUGUAUGACACUUCCCAAUCUCAUGCCCAUUCUCACGACCAUUCUCACCUUCACGAUACCGCUCAUACUCACGCUCAUGCUUCCGCGCAUACACACUGCAACCACCAUCACGGCCAUCAACACCACACUCACACCGAAACAUCCAUCUUCACUUCCUUCCUGCUCGCCCGCUGCCGCCCGGGCUCUCUAUUCCACAGCAUCCUCUGCGAGCGCGACUCCCGCCGCAUCGCCUACUUUACCUGCCUCAACUUUGGUUUCAUGCUAGUACAGGCCUUUUACGGAUGGGUCAGUGGCUCGCUGGGUCUCUUGAGCGACACGGUGCACAUGUUCUUCGACUGCUUAGCUCUAGUGAUUGGACUCGGCGCCGCAGUGGCCAGCAAGUGGCCCACCAGCCCUGAAAUGCCUUUUGGAUGGGGCAAACUCAACGUCCUCGCUGGGUUUGGAAACGGCAUCUUCCUUAUGCUGGUUUCUGUCGAGUUUAUCUGGGAAGCAGUGGAGGGCAUCAUGGAAGGCACUGAGUUGCGCCAUGUGGAGGAACUGCUCGUGGUCAGUACCCUUGGCUUCUUGGUGAAUAUGGUCGGUCUCUUUGCUUUUGGACAUGCUCAUCAUGGUCAUGACCACGGAGGUCACGAUCACUCUCAUGGCCAUGGUAACGAAAACAUGCAUGGUAUUUAUCUGCACGUUGCGGCCGAUGCUGGAGGUUCGUUGGCUGUGAUCCUCAGCACUAUCCUCACGCUCUGGAAACCUUGGUAUCUCUGGGAUCCUUUGGCUACAAUCGUCAUCGCCAUUCUUAUUUUCUUGGCUGCUGUGCCACUGGUCAAAGAUUCAGGGGCCAAGCUUUUGCUGGUGAUUCCUGAUGAACUGGAGUAUUCGCUCAAGAAUGCAUUGCAGGAACUCAGUGGUCUUAGAGGGGUUACUGGCUAUGCAGUACCUAGAUUCUGGCAUGACCACGACCACCACGAAGAACCACCCACGAAAAAAAUCCUAGGCGUCAUACACGUCUUUGCCGCCAGAGCAGCAGACACAGAAGACGUAAGACAAAGAGUAGAACAAUAUUUCCUGCAACUGAAUAUGCAUGUUGUGGUUCAAGUCGAGCGAGAGGGAGAAGGAAGAUGUUGGUGUGGCGGAGGCGUCAAGAGCGUCAAGACCGGAUAG